UCAAACGGGGAUUUCCUGAGGAAGUCAGAACCAGGGGGCUUUCCAGUAGAGGAUUGACAUCAACAGUUCAGAUAUUCAUGGGCGCCUGUGUAGCCAUAAGCUCCUCGUUUUUUUGCUAUUUUAUUUCAGUUCUUGUGUUCAGAGUCAAUUAUGUCGACUUUAAUUAGCUUAUCCCUGGCUGCGCCUUUGAAGAGCGGCGAAGUCCCAUCUCUUUCUGUGUAAUUCAGACGGUGUCUUCGCGUCUAUGACUGCCAGUCACCGAAGCUCCAUUUCAUAAAAACAGUGUGGAAUUGGACGACGACGCUGACGAGCUGAUUCAUGUCAUGUCCGCGGGGCGUGCUGUUGAACUGCAGGUGGCGCUGCAGCGAGCGCCUCUGUCUGUCUCCUCCCUGGCCCAGCGGCCGUGGCCCGAGCCGGGCUUCCUGCCGGUGCUGGGCGGAUUCCGCGACCGCUUCGUGGAGACCCCCGAGGCCAAGUACUGCUGCGAGGACUGCCGCCUGGUGCUGUGCCAGCCGCGGCAGACGGAGUGCGGACACCGCUUCUGCGAGACCUGCAUCGCCAGCCUGCUCAAUAAGCCCAACCCUGUGUGCCCAGCUGACAAGGAGCCGUUAUUUGAGGACAAGAUCUUCCGAGACGUGUGCUGUCACAGGGAAAUCAUGGCUUUGAAGGUGUACUGCCGCAGUCAGAAGAAUGGAUGCCAGGAACAGAUGAGCCUGCAGCAGGUCAUGGAUCACCUGAAUGUGUGUCCGUACUAUGAGGUGCCGUGUCCGCUGGGGAAGUGCCAGGAGCGUAUGAUGCGGAAGGACAUCCCCGACCACCUCAGCUGGAAAUGCAAAUACCGGGAGACCUCCUGCGAGUUCUGCAAACACAAGAUGGCACUGACUGAACUACAGAAACACAAAGAGACAGUGUGUCCUGCUUUCCCAGUGUCCUGUCCCAAUCACUGCUCCUUUCCCUCCAUUCUCAGAAGCGAGCUUCCCAGCCACCAGCAUGACUGCCCCAUGGCUCAGGUCUGCUGCCCCUUCUCCCGACUUGGAUGCACUUUUAAGGGUCUGAACCAGGACAUGAGAGAACACGAGUCCAGCUUGGCCUCCGAACACCUGCGGAUGAUGGUCGCCAGGAACACUACACUAGAGGCCAAGGUGGAGGAUGUGAAAGGGGAGCUGCAGGAGAGGUAUAAGGUCCUGCCUGGCCUCAACACCCGCAUCACAGAGCUGGAGACGCAAUACGAAGACAUGCGGGAGAAGUACCGGCAGCUCGAACAGAAGUUAACCGCCAUGCAGAAGCUGAUGAGCAGCCAAACAGAGAAGCUUCUGGAGGUGGAGAUUGAAAUGCGGACUUUGCGAGCGGUGCGGGACGAGGUGGAGACUCUCCGAACCUCCUUUGAGACCAUCCGUAACCGUGUCAACAGCCUGGAGCUGGCACGUGGGACUGCCGGCUCCGGGACACACACGCUAGGCUCCCUGGAGACGCAGGUGUCGCGUCACGACGACAUGCUGUCGGUGCACGAGGUGCGCCUGGCCGACAUGGACCUCCGCUUCCAGGUGCUGGAGACGGCCAGCUACAACGGCACGCUCAUCUGGAAGAUCCGCGACUACAAGCGGCGCAAGCAGGAGGCGGUGGCCUCCAAGACGCUCUCGCUCUACAGCCAGCCCUUCUACACGGGCUACUUUGGGUACAAGAUGUGCGCCCGCGUCUACCUGAACGGCGACGGCAUGGGCAAGGGCACGCACCUGUCGCUCUUCUUCGUGGUGAUGCGCGGCGAGUACGACGCGCUGCUGCCGUGGCCCUUCAAGCAGAAGGUGACGCUGAUGCUCAUGGACCAGGGCCCGGCGCGCAAGCACCUGGGCGACGCCUUCAAGCCCGACCCCAACAGCAGCAGCUUCCGGCGGCCCACGGCCGAGAUGAACAUCGCCUCGGGCUGCCCGCUCUUCGUCUCGCAGCCCGUGCUGGAGGGCGGCACCUACAUCAAGGACGACACCAUCUUCAUCAAGGUCACCGUGGACACCUCCGACCUGCCCGACCCCUGAGCGACGGGCGGGGUCUGCGUCAAACGUACUCCCCAACACCCCCCCGACUCUCCACGGAAAGCUGGGGUCAGAGCGACGGGAAACCCCUCUUUAAAACGAAAGCACACGUCCGCUUAAACGGCGAAGGAGAGAGUGCGCGGGCCUUUGCGCUGGGUCGACGCGGGGGGAAAUGCAACGAGGCAAAAGAACGAAUGAUAUCGAAGGAAAGCGUGAAAGUGAGCUGAGGCAUGUUGACUGAUGAAGGUCUUGCGGCAGGUGUGUGAAUUGACAGGGUCGGAAUGUGGAGACUCCUUAAAUCUAAAGAAUGUUUUGCGUGUGAGUGCGAUUUGUCUGCGCAUAUUGCGCACUUCUAUACGAGAGAGUGUGUGCGUGUGUACACGGAGUUGAUGGUUUAGUACUUGCCGUUAGCUCCCAGAUGAAGAAAAACAACCUGCUUUAGUGCUGGAGAACACAUUGGAGAGAUUGGUCAGAGAUGGACAACCGUAUGAUUGGCUGGCGGCGCGUUAGCUUGAUGUCUCCUAGCUCGAUGCCUCCGUCGUGCCAGGCUCUUGGCAUCACAUGUAUUAGUCUUAAAUAUCAGCUUCAGAUGCAUACUAAUGAGAAACUUCUAUAUGUGGACGCGGACUUUAGCCGUGUUUAGCUGUGGUGUUGCUAUGAGACUGGGCGGGCGGGCGGGCAAGUG